AUGAAGGGAGCCAGCUCAAGUGUCUUCUUAGCGCUACGGCCAAGGAACCUAAGAAGGAGCCUCAAGGAUCCUAAGGAGCAGACGGCCAAGGAACCUAAGAAGCAGUCGGCCAAGGAUCCUAAGGAGCAGACAGCCAGGACUAAGGAGGCGACGGCCAAAGAUCCUAAGGAGCAGACGGCCAAGGAUCCUAAGAAGCAGACGGCCAAGAACCUAAGAAGCAGUCGGUCAAGGAUCCUAAGGAGCAGACGGCCAAGGAACCUAAGGAGCAGAACGGCCAAGAACCUAAGAGCAGAUCGGGGCAGGAUCCUAAGGAGCAGACGGAACCAAGUCCUAAGAAGCAACGGCCAAGAACCUAAGAAGCAGACGGCCAAGGAUCCUAAGGAGCAGACGGCCAAGGAUCCUAAGGAGCAGUCGGUCAAGGAUCCUAAGGAGCAGACGGCCAAGGAUCCUAAAGCAGCGGCCAAGGAUCCUAAGGAGCAGACGGCCAAGAACCUUCCUAAGGAGCAGACGCCAAGGAUCCUCUCCGCCAAGGAAAGAAGCAGACGGCCAAGGAUCCUAAGGAGCAGACGGCCAAUCCUAAGGAUCGCAGACGGCCAAGAACCUAAGAAGCAGACGGCCAAGGAUCCUAAGGAGCAGACGGCCAAGAACAAGAAGCAGACGGCCAAGGAUCUAAGGAAGCAAGGACAAGAACUAAGAGCAGACGGCCAAGAACCUAAGAAGCAGACGGCCAAGGAUCCUAAGGAGCAGACGGCCAAGAACCUAAGAAGCAGACGGCCAAGGAUCCUAAGAAGCAGACGGUCAAGGAACCUAAGGAACGGCCAAGAACCUAAGAAGCAGACGGCCAAGGAUCCUAAGGAGCAGACGGCCAAGGAUCCUAAGGAGCAGACGGCCAAGGGGAGCAGACGGCCAAGGAUCCUAAGAAGCAGACGGCCAAGGAUCCCUAAGGAGCAGACGGCCAAGACCUAA